AUGGAUGCCACAGAAGUCACUGGUAACAUAGGAAAAUUCUCUCAAACCCCCUUAGCAAGGGAAUUAUAUAAAUUAAAACUCAAAGACAUCCAUACAAUCAAAAUUAAAGGUGCCAAUCGAGUUUGCGUAGAAUUCCAAAAAUAUGAAUUGGCAAACAAAUUUGUUGAAAAUAAAACUCUGAUCGAGAGGGUAUCGAGUUGGGGAUCGCCAAGAAAUAAUGAUAAGUCCCUAUUCUCUAUAAUAAACCAAGAAUCCUUAGGUCCCCUAGAUAUAAAUGAUACUGCUGCAAACUUUGCAUCAUUUAAAAUUAUUCAAGAUAGCAGUUAUAGUGAUCAACAUCUCAAAAGAUAUCUUAAAAAAGAAAUUACAAGAAGGCAGAUUGGAUAA